AUGUCCACCAAUAAUAAACGCCCUCGUGUGGAAUACAGCAAUGGCCGUCAUGCCCAGGAAGAGGAAUACGGCUCAGAGCAGAGGGCUCGAAAGGCGUGCAUUAAUUGCAGACGACAGAAGAUGAAAUGUAUCGCUGAAGACAAUAGUGAUGGAUGUCGUCGAUGUCGCCGUUCCGGCCUGCCUUGUAUUUUUGUGCCUCGUGCAAAUGCUGCAACACUACCGGAGUUUAAUACUAGGGCUAGUGAAAGUGGUUUCAAGACAGAUGUUUUACGUAGGCUGAAGAUUAUCGAAGAUACCCUGGGGUUGUCUGAAGCGCACAACGCACCCUCAGAACAUAUAGACUGUGGUGAUUGCGAAGGGUCUGAUGACGACGAGGGAUACCCAGACGAGUUCAACAGUUUACAUGCACUUUGGGAUGCUGUUGUAAUCCUGCAGAGUAGUGCGCCAGGCUUUGUACCGCGCUCAAUAUGGAGAAGGCAUACUGUUAGAGAUCUUUGGCUAUCGUUCCAUGACCGAAUGCCUGGCCUUCAUUUCAUGCCUCGCAAACAAACAUUUUCUGCGCCGCAACCUAUUCUCCUGGCUUCAAUAUUAUAUUGCUCGAGUAUGAGAGGCCCUCCAGAUAUGGCGGAAAUAGCACCGCACUAUUUCAUUGUUCUAUGCAACGCAAUCGCUCAGCUGUGCAUUCCCGGCACAAAAAUCGGCCAGAUGCCAGAGGAUAGUGAAGAAUGGGCAUUUCAAACAGUGCUUGGGAUUGUGAUUGCUGGACUCCUCACGGAAGCGACUAUUCGUGAAACUGGAAUAUGGAUAUCGAUAGCAUAUCGACUGAUCCUUGAGCAUUGUCCGGCACAUAUCGAUGAGACAUCGCGAGAAUGGCGUAAGCUCUUUAGUGGUGUACAAAUCAUUGACCUUGAGCAUGCCUCUCUUCAUCUAUCCUGUCCCGUUAUACCAAUCGAAUCACCUCUUCCGGGUCUUCGCACCUCUCCGCGUGAUCAACUCUAUAGGCUAUCUCGAAUGAUGCGUGCUGGAUUGACGCAUUUCACCGGACGUGGAUUACCGACUAUUUGGUCUUGUUUCACUACAGAUCAGCCGUCGACAGCAGUGGCUUUGACAAACAGCUUUACUGCCGUAGAUGCGGCUGUCAUCCGAGAUUGGGCCAGGCAACUAGACGAAUGGCUAGUUGAUUUUAGUCAAGGUCUGGAAGGUUCCGACCACGAUCUGAAACUUGUGUUCCGUCAAUAUGUUCUCCAUCGACUUGUAGUUUUGUCUAUAUAUCACCCAGCCAGAGGUUGUGACCUGUGGUCAAAUAGCAUUACGCCAAAAGAGCAAUAUGAACUGCUUCUCUCGGCUCGUGCAACGCUCAAGCUACACUCGCAUGAUGACUCGAUCUGGUCCAAUUGGGACCUGAUCAUGAUUACCUGGGCAGCACUUAUUGUUGUACAGGCUAUUGAAGGUGGUGCUGGUGAACAUGAUGAUCUCACAAACAUAAGGAUACAUCUAGAAAUGUUGAAAAGAAUGAACAAGACAACACCCAGCCUCUGUGACAAACUCAUAAAUCGUUUAGAACUCAGCCUCACCAACGUCCAUACACCUGCUUCGGCAGACUUUCGACAACAACAAAAUACAUACGAUGACCUCACAGUUGGCGCCCCUAUUGAUUUGUCAUGGCAGAUAUUUGACCGGUCCAGCCUUCAACAAAUGAUGUACACAGACUGGCCGGCACAUAAUGUCAAUGAAGAAGCGACAUUAAGUUAA